UCACCAAUGUUGCAAACAAACAUGGCUUUAAAGGUUGAGACCAUCCUUCUUGUCUUCAUUUGUGGUGCAAUUCUUUUGGGAGGCAAUCUGAAAACUGUUGAUGCUCAAAAAUUUUGUCCCCAAUUUUGCUAUGAUGAACGUUCAUAUAUGACUUGCACUUCUUCAGGUGAUCAACACCUCAGUCCACCAUGCAAUUGUUGUCUUGCAUCAACUGGUUGUACCAUUUACACAGCAGAUGGAACUCCACUUUGUACUUCUGAUUAAAUAAUGGAUGUGAUGUGAAUAUAUCUGUUCACAUAUACACAAAGAUCACUCUUCUAAAUUUCAAUAAUAAUGUUGUAAUAAUAUAUAUGUGUGAUAAAAUAAUUAUAUAUAUAAUAAUUUGGAAUAUUAAUAA